AGUUGCUCUCACGACCUCAGAAUUGUGCCCAUUUUAUUCCACCACUAACGUUUAAGUAUGUAAAUUACACAAUACGUUAUGUUUCAAAGAGCCUUAAUGUUUUGCGUAUAUGCACCACUGACUUUUGUGAUUUAUGUCUAACAACGGCAACGCAAAGUGUACAGCGAUGACCAUGAGUUACCAUGGUUACCAAGGGCAUCUAAACACAACAGAAUCUGACCGGCGAAACUUCUUCAUUCACUGAGGGGCUGUAUGCUGUCCCUAAAUUGACUGAAAUAAUUUGGCCAAAUCUGUAUUGUCAGAGGCUCAUUAGAAACUGAGAACAUGUACAAAGUUGAUUUGCCUGUAGAGCAGUCCUUAGAAAAGGCUGUGGAGAGGCGAAGGUCUGCAGAAACAGCACGCAAGGCCCGGAUCUUCAACACCCGGCUCCGUGUGAUGGGCCUUGAUCUUGAUGCUCUCAACCAACAGGUCCAGGAGAAAAAACAUCAGCAAAACAUGGAGAUACAACGGGGCAACGCUUUUGACAAGCUGGGAGAAUAUCACGAUAAAGCACUGCUGCAGCAAGACAUUGAUGAAAGAGAGAAGCGAGCGGCUUUGCACACUGACCUGACCAAGUAUUGGGCCACUCAUCAGCGUGAAGAGGACUCACACGAUGCUGAUCUCAAGUGUGGCCUGAAGGGGGCAUUCAGGAUCACCAUUCCAGAAGGUGAGCUGGGACCUGCCAGUAUGAAAAUCUUUCAGGGAGAGGGUAUCGGAGAGGAGCAAAGGAGGAGAGAACAAAUGAAAAAGACAGACAGAGAUCUGCGAGCACAGAAGGAAGACAAUGAGAAAAGGCACAUGGGAGACAAGCACAGAGAGAUGAUAGUGAGCAAAGAGCUGGUGCAUCAGGACCUUAGGGGAGUUCAGCAAAAUGCACUAGAGGGGGAGUGUAAGAAAGCUGCCCGCAUCGCACUCGACAACUACAAUCAAGCUCUGGCUGCAGAGCGGGCAGAGAAACUGAAGGAGCAGCACAGGCAAGAGGAAAGGGAGAACCUUGCAGAGAUGCAGCACACUCUGACAUCUGACAUGAUGACAGAGUGUGCAGAGGCAGCAAAGAGAGAGGUGGAAGGAGGGAGGCCACCCCGGGUUCUGGUAGACAAGUGGAAGGGGAUGAGCCCUGAGCAGCUGAGUGACAUCCACAGGGAGAGAGAAGAGCAGCGUCUUGAGAAACAGAGACAACGUGAUGCUGAAAAGAUUCAGGCUGCAGCUUGGGAACUCCAGCUCCUAAAGCUGUCCAGAGAAGCAGAGGAGCAGGAGAGGAGAGCAGAAGAGCUGAGGAGAGAGAAGAGGACUCAGACAGACCUUUACAACAUGCAGCUGGCCAGAGAGCAGCAGGCAUAUCAGGAGUACCUGAACAAGAAGCUAUACACCAAUAAACCCAGCAAGGAAUACUUUUAUCAAUUCAACAGCGUCUCCCGCUGAACCACUACCACACUUUGCUUGUCCUCCUGUGACAAUGUGCUAAUAAAAUCUAUUGAUUGUUA